AUGUUUUGUUAUUCUUUCUUUGUUUCUUCCUUUCUUUCUUUUUUCUUUCUUUCUUUCCACUUGCUUUUCUUUCUUUCUUUUUUCUUUUCCUUCUUUUUUCUUUCUACCUUUUCUUUCUUUCUUUUUUUCUUCUUUCUUUCUUUCUUUUUUUUUUUUCCUUUCUUUCUUUCUUUUUUUCUUUCUUUCUUUCUUUCUUUCUUUUUCUUUAAAUUUUUCUUUUUUUCUUUCUUUCUUUAUCAAUUAUUUUCUUUUUUUCUUUCUAUAUCUUUCUUUCUUUCUUUCUUUUCUUUCUUUCUUUCUUUCUUUCUUUCUUUCUUUAAAUUUUUCUGUUUUUCUUUCCAGUAUCAAUUAUCUACUUUCUUUCUUUCUUUCUUUCUUUUCUUUCUUUUCUUUUCUUUUUUAAAUUUUUCUGUUUUGCUUUUCUUUUCCUUAUUUUUUAUCUACUUUUUCUUUCUUUCUUUCUUUCUUUCUUUCUUUCUUUCUUCUUUAAAUUUUUCUGUUUUUCUUUCAUAUCAAUUAUUCUUUCUUUCUUUUUCUUUCUUUCUUUUUUCUUUCUUUCUUUUUUCUUUCUUUCUUUCUUUUAAAUUUUCUCUUUUUUCUUUCCAGUAUCAAGUAUCUUCUUUCUUUCUUUCUUUCUUUCUUUCUUUCUUUCUUUCUUUCUUUCUUUCUUUCUUUCUUCCUUUCUUUAAAUUUUUCUGUUUUUCUUUCCAGUAUCAAUUAUCUACUUUCUUUCUUUCUUUCUUUCUUUUCUUUCUUUCUUUCUUUCUUUUUUUUGUUUUUCUUUCUUUCUUUCUUUCUUUCUUUCUUUUCUUUUUUUCUUUUUUUCUUUUCUUUCUUUCUAAUAAUUAUCUAAUAUACUUUUCUUUCUUUUUUCUUUUCUUUCUUUUCUUUCUUUCUUUUUCUUUCUUUCUUUCUUUCUUUCUUUCUCUUCCUUUCUUUAAAUUUUUCUUAUCAAUUAUCUACUUUCUUUCUUUCUAUCUUUCUUUCUUUCUUUCUUUCUUUCUUUUUCUUUCUUUUCUAUCUUUCUUUAAAUUUUUCUGUUUUUCUUUCCAGUAUCAAUUAUCUACUUUCUUUCUUUCUUUCUUUCUUUCUUUCUUUCUUUCUUUCUUUCUUUCUUUCUUUCUUUCUAAUAUAAAUUAUCUGCUAUUCUUUCUUGCUUUUUCUUUCCUUCUUUUUUUCUAUCUACUUUUUUUCUUUCUUUCUUCCUUUCUUUCUUUCUUUCUCUUCCUUUCAUUUAAUUUUUCUGUCUUUCUUUCCAGUAUCAAUUAUCUUCUUUCUUUCUUUCUUUCUUUCUUUCUUUCUUUCUUUCUUUCUUUCUUUCCAAUAUCAAUUUGCUACUAUUCUUUCUUUCUUGCUUUUGAAUUUCUUUCUUUUUUCCUUAUCUCUGUCUCUCUCUCUCUCUCUCUGUAUCUCUCUCUCUCUCUGUAUCUCUCUCUUCAUCUCUCUCUCUCUCUCUCUGUAUCUCUCUCUAUCUAUUUAUCUAUCUAUCUAUUUAUCUUGAUAGGCUUUGAUAUUUCUUACUUCCUUUGCGAGCAUUCCUUUUCGCAUUUCUGUUCAUCCACGGUUGCGGUUGUCUCAUAUUUCUUAGGUUUUCUUGGCUCCGGUUUCAAUAGACCCAAUCAAAACAAAUGGAUUUGCUUAACACAAAAGCUAAUAUUUGAAAGAGCAGAUUUUUUUUUUCCGAAGCGUCAAGUAACAAAGAAAUAUUUCUUCCAUUCUUUCUUUUUUUCUUUCUUCUUCUUUCUCUCUCUCUUUUUAAAAGUUAAUCACCUGUUUUUCUUGAUUUUCAUUUAUUUAAUUUCGUAUUCGUUGUUUUUCUAUUUAUUGUUACAUUCUAUUCAUUUUUGUAUUCCGUAUUUGUUUUUCUUUUCAUAUAUUAAUUUUCUUUAUUUCUUUUUCUCGUUUUCUCUUUCUUCCUUUCUUUCAUGCAUUCAUUCUCUCUUUUUGAUUUCCUCUCCUUCCACCCAGAUGCAUGUUCGUUUUUUUUUCUUUUCACUGAAUGAGUUUUUAUCCUUUUUUUUUUUUUUCAAUUUUUCUUUCUAUUUUAAUUUUUUUAUUCUUUUUCUUUCUUUUCUAUCUCUUUCCUUUCUCUCAUUCUUUUUUUCCUUUUUUUUCUUUUGUUUUUAA